AGGAGUACGGAAUAACCAACACGCAGUACGGGGCGUUGCAGUCGACGGUAUCGGCGGUGAAUACUAUCCUGCCGGUGCUGGGCGGGCUGUUUAUUGACUCGUUUGGGACGACCUCGGGAUCGCUGAUCUCGACGUUCCUGAUCAUGGUGGGCAACCUGAUAAUCUCGGUGUCGACGCACAGCCGGUCGUUCUCGACGAUGGUGGUGGGGCGGAUUCUGUACGGGCUCGGGUCAGGGACAAUAAUCGUUGUGCAGGAAACCAUCCUGGGCAGCUGGUUCAAGGGCAAGGGCCUGGCAAUCACCAUUGCAAUCCAGAUCACAACGUCGCGGGUGGCGUCGUUCCUGUCGAUGGGCACGGCAAUUCCGAUCGCCGAUCGGUUUGGGUUCUACGGGGCCGCGUUCUGGGCGAACUUUGUGGUGUGUGCGCUGUCAUUCGCAAUCAACAUCGUGUACAUGGUGACGAUGCGGCGGAUCCGGCGCGAGAUGUCAGCGGAGGCGGUGGAGCGGCUGCGCAAAAAGCACCGCUUCAACCUGCGGCUGGUGUUCUUCUUCUUCGGGAUAUUCUGGAUGAUCAUCGUGGAGUCAUUCACGCUGGGCGGCGGGUGGACCAGCUUCCUGCAUAUUAACAGCGAGCUGGUCAAGUUGCGGUUCGGUGCAAACGACGCAGUGGCGGCAUGGUCGGCCAGCGUAUCGCAGAUCAUGCCUAUAUUCCUGGUGCCGUUCCUGGGGUGGUUCUUGGACCGGUUCGGGCUGCGCACAGACCUGCUGGUUCUCUCGACAGCGACAUUCACGGUGUCGAUGGUGCUGCUGGGGUUCACGAUGGUCAACCCGCUGGUCGGGCUGGUGACGUUCUCAGUAUCACUGGCGCUGGGCCCGCUGGCGGAGAUCACAGCGAUUUCGCUGCUGCUACCGGCGAGCUCGCUGGGCACGGGGCUGGGGAUCUACAAGUCGGCGACGAACAUCGGGUCAACCAUCGUGGAUAUAGUAGUGGGAGCGCUGCAGGACAACGGGCCAAAGUCGGUGGCCGAGAGCCAGCACAGCUACCGGUACGUGAUGGCGUUUUUCGUCGGCUGGGGGGCGCUGUCGAUGGUGGUGGCCACGGCGAUCUUUGUCGUCGACCGGUUCCAGUGGAGCGGGCUGCUGCGCGGCAACGCUGCUGAGCGCAAGGAGGCGCUGCAUGCUGUCAAGGACAAGAUCAACGAGCCACUGCUGCUGGCUGCGGCACCCAACUGGCGCAGCUACGUCCGCAAGCGGAACGUCUUCCCGCUGGGCGUGCUGGUCGUGGCGUUGGUCACCAGCCUGCUGCUGUUUGCGCUCAAGCUGAUGUAGCCAGCGCUGCCUUAUUUAUUUACUUUAUCUGUAUCAUUCACUUAGCAUUCAUUCUGUUGCUCAACUAAGCAUAAACAAUCCAUACAAAA